CGGGGGCCGGGGGUCUCCUCUCCCGCUGGUGUCUCCCCCGCCCCCCCGGCCAUGGCCGCCGCUGCCGCCGGCUCCAACUGGGGUCUCAUCAUGAAUAUCGUGAACAGCAUCGUGGGCGUCAGCGUGCUCACCAUGCCCUUCUGCUUCAAGCAGUGCGGCAUCGUCCUGGGGGCUCUGCUGUUGGCCCUGUGUUCCUGGAUGACCCACCAGUCCUGUAUGUUCCUGGUCAAGGCCGCCAGCUUGACAAAGCGCAGGACCUACGCCGGCCUAGCAUUUCACGCCUACGGAAAAGCAGGAAAGAUGUUGGUGGAGACCAGUAUGAUCGGGCUGAUGCUGGGAACCUGCAUCGCAUUCUACGUGGUAAUCGGCGAUUUGGGAUCGAACUUCUUUGCCCGCUUGCUUGGACUUCAGGUGACGGGCGUCUUCCGGAUAUUCCUGCUGUUUGCCGUCUCCCUGUGCAUCGUGCUUCCGUUAAGCCUCCAGAGGAACAUGAUGGCUUCGAUCCAGUCCUUCAGCGCCAUGGCCCUCAUGUUUUACACCGUGUUCAUGUUCGUGAUCAUCGUGUCGUCUCUGAAACACGGCCUUUUCGGCGGGCAGUGGCUACAGCGGGUCAGCUACGCUCGCUGGCGGGGCAUCUUCCGUUGCAUCCCCAUCUUCGGCAUGUCGUUUGCCUGCCAGUCCCAAGUGUUACCCACUUACGACAGCCUAGAUGAGCCGUCAGUCAAGAUCAUGAGCUCCAUCUUUGCCUCCUCGCUCAACGUAGUCACCACCUUUUACAUCACGGUAGGAUCCUUCGGUUACGUCAGCUUCACGGACGCCAUCGCCGGCAACGUGCUGAUGAACUUCCCCUCCAACCUGGUGACGGAAAUGAUCCGCGUGGGCUUCAUGAUGUCCGUGGCCGUGGGCUUCCCCAUGAUGAUCCUCCCUUGCCGCCAGGCCCUCAACACGCUCCUCUUCGAGCAGCAGCAGAAGGACAGCACUUUCACAGCCGGAGGUUACAUGCCCCCGCUGAGGUUUAAGGCCCUGACCCUGGCCAUCGUGUUCGGAACCAUGGUCGGCGGGAUCAUGAUCCCCAACGUGGAAACGGUCUUGGGCCUCACCGGAGCCACCAUGGGGAGCCUCAUCUGUUUCAUCUGCCCGGCUCUCAUUUAUAAGAAAAUCCACAAGAAGGCCCUGUCCUCCCAGAUCAUCCUGUGGAUCGGGCUGGGCAUCCUGGUCAUCAGCACCUACAGCACCUUGGCCGUGAGCGAGGACCGCCCGCCCGGCGCGGAGCAGGCCGCGCCCGCCGCCCGCCUGGGAGACGCCAAGGAGAACGUCCGGCCCAACUCCGCCAAGAUAUCCGUCCAGAACCCGGGUGUCCAGGCGGCCGGCGACGGCCGCGAGAAGCCGAAGCCGGCCGGCGGGCAGGACGAGGUGGCCCCGCCGCAGAUCGAGGUGCCCGCGGACUUGCCCCAGCGGCAGCGGGCCCCGGAGAAGCUCCCGGAGCCGGAGCCGGAGCGGGAGCGGGAGGAAUUGCAACUGGACCGUCCCGACCAAGGCAUUGCCGUGCCCGUCGGGGAGGCCCACCGCCACGAGCCGCCCGUGCCCCGGGACGAGGUCGCCGUGGACGAGGGCCAGGACGGCGAAGAGCCGGCGAAGAUGGGCCCCCCUCGCGAGGGAGCCGAGCCCCCCGCCCCGGCCCGGGGGGACGGAGCCGGGGGAGCCCCCGCGCCCUCCGACAGAAAGCAGCGCCAGCCCGAGAGACAGCCCGGCGCCCGGGAGGACGGGAGGGCGGACCGAGCCCCGCCGGGGACCCCCGAGGUCCCCCCGGGACCCCCGGCCGGCCACCCCGACGAGCGGCAGCAGGCCGACGCGGCCGGAGGAGCGGAGCAGGCGGCCGCCCGGGCUCCCGGCCCUCCGGAGGAGAUGGGGCGGCCCCCCGGGACCCCCGGGGCCGGCGAGGAGCCCCCCGUUCCGGCCGGGGGGGACGGUCGGCAGCCUCAGCGGCCCCAGGACGGGCAGAGCCAAGAAGACACCGGUGGCAAGUUGGAGGCCGAGAUUAAAAAGCUAGUCGCAGAUGCGGGGAAGGCGGAGCUGCUGGACCACGCCGUCCUCCUGCAGGUCAUCAAGGAGCAACAGGUGCAGCAGAAGCGUCUUUUGGAUCAGCAGGAGAAGCUCCUGGCCGUCAUCCAGGAGCAGCACAAGGAGAUCCGCCAACAGAGGCAGGACGAUGGUGGCGGCGGCGACGACGACAAGGCCCGGCCCCCGCAACACGCCGACGGGCAGGGCGAAGCAGGCCCGCUCCCGCCCCGGAGUAAGGAGACGGAAGUCCAAGACCCGAAAGCCGAAGCCGAGAAGCCGGUGCAGCCGGACGUGGGGGCCGCCCCUGCCGGGCCUCCGAAUCCCGAAGAGGGAGGCGGCGGGCCGCUGGAGCCGGCCGGCCCGGGAGACCGCGCCGGCACCAAGCCCGGGCCCGGGUCCCGGCUCCACGGAGAGCCGGCCCCGGCGACGCCUCCGGUUGGGGACCGGGAACCGGCGGCGGGAGCCGGGAAUCGCCGGGGGCCGGUCGCGGCCGGAGAGGGGGCCGGCCAGAGCCCACCGGAUGAAGCCGGGCGCCCCGGGGGGAAGAGGAAAGGGGAUGUAGGAGCCGAGGGGGUGGCCGCCGCCGCCGCCACUGUCCGCAGGGAGACGAGGGCCCCGGGACACGCGGCGGGGGCCGAGGGGCCGAGGCCCGACGCCGGCCGGGAGAACCGCGACCCCGAGCCGGCGGGAGAAUCCCCGGACCGGCCGCGGGAGCCCCAGGCCGAGCCGGACCGGCCGGCCCCCCGGGAGGCGGAGGCCGAGUCGGACCUGCGCCGGAGGCGGCGGGCCCUGGCCGGGGCCGGGGCCGACCCCCUGGCCGAGGUGAACGCGGACCAGCUGCGGGAGGCGUUGGAGGCGGGACUCCACCGGGCGGUCGGAGGCCCCCUCCCCGUGGUCCGCAGCCGCCAGGUGAAGCAGCUGCCGCCCGCUCCGGGGGAGGCGUGAGCGGGGCCAAAGCGUCCCCGUCCGUCGGGUCGCCCUCGCUCCCCUCUCCAUCCCGGAAUCAAUCCAUCCCUAACGGUCUCCCCCCUUCCCUCCUCCUCCCUGCCCCGUGGCAGGGCAGGCGGCCGGCACUUUGUCCUCUCCGGAGCCCACCCACCUCCUCCGGGAGAGGGGAUGACCUCGGCCCGUGGCCAUUUUGUCCUUCGAAACUCUCUCUCCAGCCAGUUGACUCACCCAGAUUGGACCCCGGCUCCUUUCUCGUCUUCGAGGCCUUUGUUGUGGGGGUCAGUUCUCUUUCCGGGUUUCCACCUCAGGCCAAAAAAAAAAUCACUCCCCUGCCCCCGUGUCGGGAGAGGUGCCGGCUGGUAGCGCCCACCGAACGCCGGCAUUGCCAUUCCCUUCCUGCCCCGUGCCCCCUCCUUGGGAUUCGGGGCCGGUUAAGGGGAGACCGUACCGUCCGCCGGCUCCCCCGGGUCCAUACCUACCUCUGUUUCCCCACUCCGCCCAUCGUGCCUUGCUCCUUCCCCCGCCCGCCAAACGCGAUGCUCCUCGAUCCUCUCUGUAUACGCCCCGCGACACCGGCAGGACCAAAGAAGGAGGCAUCGAGGCAACACCCGCUCCGGACCAAAAGGGAAAAGACCGACCCGCGAGGGAAUAAGCCGGAAACCCAUUUCAGGAUCCCCGGAGGAUUGAAACGGAAGACCAAAGUGGCGGCUCGGAUCCGUUCUCCAAGCGUCGCCGCCCUGGCCGACUACCGGUUUGGUAGCCAGGUGCCGGGCGGGCGGAGGUGACCGUCGACGGGGCUCGGCUCGACCGGGAGACGAGAGACUGGAGUCAGACGGGCGAUAAACUGCCUUGGCUUCACCUCAGAGUCGCUCCUUUUCUCAGCCUACGGCAGCCGCGGGGUCCGGGGGGAGAUUGCUGGCCUGUCGCGGCCGCUCGUUCUUCCUGUCCGACCCCAGCAGGUCAGGGGUCCCUAGGUGUCCCUCAGAGAAACACCCCAAAGGCACAGGUGGCAUUUUGGGGGCCUUCAGACGGCAGUUUUCCCCCUCAUCCCAAAGACGUGUGUGGCAUUUUGGAACGGGGAGGGCAUCCUUUUUUUUUUUUUAAAAAAAAGCAGCCAGUAGCAGUUCCUACAAUCCCCCCGGGCACGGGGGUCUUGUCUCAGCCCACCCGGGGCCCCUUGGAGAACCCGGAGUCCAUCCCAAAGCCCCUCCUGCUGCGCCACCCCGGGGGUCUCUUCCCGAGCCAUACGGUCGGUGUCGGGAUCCCCCGACCGCCACGCGGGCCUGCCGCCAAAGGAGCCCGCGAGAGGAUCGGGAAGACGGACGGAUCCGUGACGUUCCUCGGAAACGGGGGGCAGGAGAGGAGCGGUCCGGCCUAGGACCCUCGCCCCGUCCCCCCCGCGGCUCAUGAAUUAUCAUCUUUGGCUCGCCACCGCUCGACCUCAGUGGAAAAGCAGAACCUCAGGAGACCCGAGGAGCGGAAGAUGCGGGGGGAAGCCAAAAAAGAAAAAAAAAAUGAAUCAACGAAGCGAAAGCCCCAAAGUCCGGGCAGGAUCAGUGGAGGUGAGGGCCUGGAUCAAUCAAUCAAUCAUAUUUAUUGAGUGCUUACUGUGUGCAGAGCUGUACUAAGCACUUGAAUCCACUACCGGUCACCUCUCCGGUGGGUGGGAGGGGAGACGCUUUGCCUCGAACCAUUUUCCAGCUCCCUUCUCCCCAUCCCUUCGACCCAGCCUCGGGAUGGCUUUGGAGAAAGCCCGUGGCCGCCUCGUCGUCCGACUCCCGGACUCUUUCCGCUGGGCCGCCCUGCCUCCGGCUUCAGGAACGCCUUAAGAAAUCGGACCCCCCUCCAAAGGUGAUUGUCCAUCCCUCGUCGGCUGAUGGCGGCCUAAGUGCUCCCCCCAGCCCCCCUUCUAUAUUUAUUAUAGCCGACCUUUUGCACUUGG